UGUAAUCUUAUGUGUGAAGGAUUUCAGAAUCCUAUAGCAUAUCAGGAGAAUGGAAAGUAGUCUCAAACCCUAACAACCACCUACACUUGAUUUUCUUGUUUUGGUAUCUUCGCCACCCCCAAAAAGCUACCAUACACAAUCAUGAACCUCUCCACUCCCAGUCAUCAAUAGUUUCAUCUUUUCAGUUUUAAUUUGCUCAUUAUCCUCUCUCAAACUUAUUUAACUGUUUAAUAACAUCAUCAGAUCUUGUAUGGUCCUCUGAUGCAAUGUUGAUGCAUGUCAAAUGAGAAAGAAGAUUGAGCUAUGGAUGAAAACAAGAAGUGGAUGCAUAAGGAAACUGAAAGACAAAGAAGGCAAGAGAUGGGAAAACUCUGCAACAACCUCAGAUCGCUUCUGCCUUUAGAGUAUAUUAAGGGAAAGCGUUCAACCUCAGAUCAUGUGCAUGAGGCUAUGAAUUACAUCAACCACCUUCAAGAUAAGGUAAAGCAAUUGCAAGAAAAGAGGGAUGCGUUGUUGAAGGUGUCUAAUAAUUUGAGUAGCAUUGAGAAUGAAAGCUCUUCUGCCACUCAUCUUCCACCUUUGGUUCUUGUUCAUCCUUUCCCUGGGGGCCUUGAGAUUAUUUGCAGUCAUAGCUUCAGGAAAAGUGCGUUUCCCAUGUCAAGAUUAUUGGACAUUCUGCAUAAAGAAGGACUUAACGUGGUCACCACUACUUCCAUCAGAAGAGAUGGUAGAUUCAUACAUACCAUACAAUCAGAGGAUCCCAAUCAUUCUAAUAUGGUUGACACUGAUUACUCUGAACUGCAAAUAAAGAUUACGGAGGCAUUAUCAUCUUCAAGUUUGCAAGAGACUUUGCCUGAACCUGAAAAUUGCUAAUAUCUUGGGAAAAAUUAAUAUAUUAUUCAUUCGGAUGUUUCUUAUUGCAUAUACCCUUAACUUGAGUGAUUUGUACAGCAGUGAACUUGUUAAAAGUUGUACUUUAUCUGCCACAAUUGUUGGUGCAGUACGAAGGGUAGCUAGUUGACGAUUCAAUUUCAUGAAGGUCACAAACAUGGAUAGAGUUCAUAAUGAUGUUCAAUGUUUUGUAUUUCUGCAUUUAACUCUUACAAUUGCCAUUUUUUAAUUGCCAAAUCAUUUUCUUUAAACAUGGGGCAGUAUUACUUAACAUGGUUUUAAUUAAGAGCCUGCCACUGCAUUCAUAAUGUCAAGGUUUUUAUGGUUUUAUAACCUU